CAAAACAUCAUCAUGUUUCAACAAGGACUUUUGGAUACUGUGUACUUCCUGUGUAGAAAAUCAAGUCUUGAGACCUUAGGCAUAUUUAACCUAGAUUCUAGUGAAAGGCCCCAGGCCCCAGCUCUUGCUCAAACUAAGUAAAACCUUGUGUCCCUGGUAUUACUUGGUAAAUGUCUAUCCAGCACCAGCCACUCCAGACUGAACAGAAAACAAGAAGCAUAACAUGCCAUUCUGGUUUAGUACUUCCUCAUUGGCUGAGUUGAAAUAGCAGGCCUCUGAGAUCCUGCGAUCCUCACUGCUUCCUUUAGGGCCCUGAUCUUAUUACUCAUAGUUUGCAGGUGUGUUUCUCAGAACAGCGGGUACCUUCUCUCUUCUGGCCUAACGCUCACUGCAAAAGAGACUUGAAUUUUCCUCCCUGAAACAGCUGGAACCCUCUCGUUAUCCUCAUUCCUCGUGGGUGGGGGCUAUGGACUCUCCACCACAGUGUCAGAAGGUCAUGGUUCCUAGUGAUCACCCUCCAGCAGAGGGCCCUGCUCCAUUUGACGGCCUGACCACAGGCUAAGAGAGAAUGGCCGCAGGUGUAGCACCAUUCUCUUCAAAGUCCUUUCACGCUUGCUGCCACAUGUAAGUUGUCUUUUAGAAAUUAGAAUUUAGAGCUCUGUCUCCCUUUGCCAGAAACAGAGGGGUUUUUGUUUUUAUUUUUGUUUUGUUUUUUUUCCUGGAUUCUGGAUUCUUUGUGGGAUGGAGGCAUUGAUACUGAAAACCUAAGGGAUGCCAAAUCCUUUUUCUGAAAGGUGCCCCAUGCCCCCGUCUGGGUGUUUUUUGUUUUUUAAUUUCUCUGUGUGACCCCUAGCAGUCCUGGGGCUGCUAUUAUGACUAGCAGUCAUAGAGAUGCUACUUUGAUAGGGGAAGAGUUUUCAUAGCUGCAUGUGAAAACGUUUCAUCACACUUUGUAACAAGUGCCACACAGAUUUAGUUGAGGUAGUGGAAGGACCUGGAUUUGAAUCUUGGAGGAUUCGUUCAGCAGGUAUGAACUGAGUACCUAGCAUUUGCUGAGCGCUGGGUCCACAUCAGCAAAUAAAGCAGAUGUGACCUCUCCUCUACCUCAUGGGGUGUGCAGUUUAGGGGGAAUGGAGGAAGAGGGCUGUAGAAAGACCUCUGAGAAUUCUGUUCCCUGGCUCUGUGACCCUGAAAAGUGUCUAACCUCGCUGUGCCUGUUUCCUCAUCAAAGAAGUAGGCACACAUACCUUGAUGAGUUAUUGCAAAAAUUAAGAUAAAUCAUCUUUAUUAAAGCACCAGCAGAGUGUUCUACACUAGUAGGUCCUUGUAAACAAAAGCCCUUACAAUAAAGAAUUUUUGUGUCUAGUACAUUGUAUCACUUUGUCCUCACAGCAGUCCUGCAAGGUAUAGGCAUUGUGAGCCCAUGGAUGAGGAGAUUGAGGUUCGGAGAAACUGAGUAACUUGCUGGAAAGAGAAGGAAAUCGAGCAAAGCAAAGGAGAAGAAACAGAAGCGGUUGGAGGAGCGAGCUGCCAUGGAUGCUGUCUGUGCCAAAGUGGAUGCCGCCAACAGGCUCGGAGACCCUUUAGAGGCUUUCCCAGUGUUCAAGAAAUAUGAUCGGAAUGGCUUAAACGUCUCCAUUGAGUGUAAGCGGGUAUCCGGCCUGGAGCCAGCCACCGUGGACUGGGCCUUCGACCUGACCAAGACCAACAUGCAGACCAUGUAUGAGCAGAGUGAGUGGGGCUGGAAGGACCGAGAGAAACGGGAGGAGAUGACGGAUGACCGUGCCUGGUAUCUCAUCGCUUGGGAAAACAGUUCGGUCCCUGUUGCCUUUUCUCACUUCCGGUUCGACGUGGAGUGCGGGGAUGAAGUCCUGUACUGCUACGAAGUACAGUUGGAGAGCAAGGUGCGGCGGAAAGGCCUGGGGAAGUUCCUCAUCCAGAUCCUGCAGCUUAUGGCCAACAGCACCCAGAUGAAGAAAGUUAUGUUAACUGUAUUUAAGCACAAUCAUGGCGCCUACCAGUUCUUCCGAGAAGCGCUACAAUUUGAAAUCGACGACUCUUCCCCGAGCAUGUCCGGCUGCUGUGGGGAGGACUGCUCCUAUGAGAUCUUGAGCCGGAGGACCAAGUUUGGGGACAGCCAGCACUCCCACACGGGCGGGCACUGUGGUGGCUGCUGUCACUGAACACCCAAGCUAGAACGCUCUCUCCAAGGCCUAUUCUCUCCCUGGUCUCACGCCGCUUGCCAGGUGCCCUCAGAGCUGUGGCCUCCUCAGCCCUGCACGUGCCAGGCUGUACCCUGAGAACACAGAACCCUGGAAGGAGUGGUCCACGCUGCCCCCUGCUGUCUCCUAGGAGAGCAGAGUGCCAGGAGGGAGCUGAGAGGAGAGGAUGCUGCAGGAAGAGCUGGCGGAGGCCUGGGCACGAGGUGCAUCCUCCCACAGUGGCUGCCUUCUCACUCGGCUCUUGCGCCCUCGAGUGUAGGGUUCCCCAACUUCCCUACGCUGGAUAACUGACAACCACCCCACACACAAUUGGACAAAUGGAGUGUUUAUACCCACCUCUAUGAAAGUCCUGGAGCCCUCGGUCAGGGUCUGGCUGGUUCCCAAAGAGAAAUGGACUCGGUGUAAGAUCUGGGCACAGAGAGGCUUCUCAGAGACUUGUCUUUUGUGGAUGGAGUUCUCUGAUGGAGACCUUGGGAAGGUCUUUGGUGCCACAACACAGGGAAGCAAGGGGGCUCUUUCUGGCUGUGCCUUUGUGGAUCCCCAGUUAGCAUGGAGUUGUCCAGGGGACCAGCUGACUCUAGGGCGAGGGCUGCCCCUCUCUCUCCAUUGCUGUCAGUGAGGGGCCGAGAGGACCAGGAACAGGUGUCGAAUGGGGCCUGCCGUGGAGACUCUUGCUUCUCUGGGCUUCUAGACUUGGCUGCAUCCUGAGCUUAACCUCUUGAUCUCAUGACAGUGACUCGAGUUUUUCACUCAUAGGAAAAAGCCAGAGGCCCUGCCUGCUCUCCUCCAUCCCUUCUUACUGCUCUUCUCCCCCUGCGUCUCACCCCACGCCAGAUACCCCUGUUCUUACUCUCGAGGGGUAACAUCAGGGAGCCUCUUGUCUUCCCCUAGAAAGGACCCCCAUUCCUGGCAUAUUUGAUGCCAUUCCCUCUCAAAUCUUGGUGCUGAUAGCUCUUUGAAGGUGGUGGAACCCUCCCCAUCGCCUCCCCCUGCCUUUGGAGAGCCCCCAGCCAGCAGCAGGCGCCUCUGCCUGCACUCCCCAGCCUCGCCCCUCACUGCCUCAGUGAGGCACUAGUGCCACUGCCCUGGCCGGCCGUGCAGCUGCAGCAGGAGCACCUCUCAGUGGCCGCGUCACCUGCAGCAGCGGCCGGGAGUGGUGAGAAGGCCUUCCUCUCCUCUCAUGGGAUAGAGAGGGUGCGGGGUCAGAGCUCAGACUUGCCCCAUCUCUAGACCUUGUUCCCCUUCCGGGAAAGAAAAUGACCAAAUCCUUGUCCAGGAAAAAGCACCUAACACCUCCCCUUGGACAACCUUGUGCUCUGCUUUAGGGAGUGUCUCAAAGGUCCUGCUUUUGUGAUGUUGCUCCUGAGGAAGUUUGUCAGUCCUUUGGACCUCAGAGUCUGCUCCUGCCCCACCCUCUGCCCUGACUCAGGCCAUCUGUGCUGGCGGAUGUCCCUGGAGCUGUUCUUGCUUCUCCCCUAGAUUCCUGUCCGGACUGGGCCUGUGCACACGGCCUCCUUCCCCAGCCCAGCCCUGUGCUGUGGGCCUCAUGUUGCUCUUGACCUGCCAGCAAUGGACAUGGCACGCCCUUGGAGAGGGCCUUGCAGCUUUACACUGGAAUAAGCCCACCUCUGCCCCUGCCCUGCCAGCUCCCGGGGAUUUUACCGAAGGGGAAGAGUUAAUUGCUGGAAGGGCAUUGGAGGGCUCCUUCCAAGAAUCAGGGAACAACAGAAGCAUAUUUAGGGAGAGUUUUUCCUCUGAUCCUUGCUGUCUCUCAAAGGGCACAGAAUGAUAAAUAUUUAUUGUCUUAGAUCAUGGAUUUCUGAUACCUCCCACUCAAGGGGACCAGAAGGGGCCCCAGUGUGAAUCCCACACAAGGUGAGUUGUGUGUGUUGUCUUUCCAUUGAACACCUGGCACUGAGCCUGUUGGUUGACGGUGCUUGUUGCCAGGUCCUGCUCAUCCAGCUGCCUCCCCCACUUCCCAAGGGCUGCUGGGGAUCAGGGCUGGGCAGGGAGGCGCUGCCUGAGACCCGCAGGUCACCUUGUUUUUGAUGUUGAGCCCAGAUGUUGAGCCCAUUCAGUUCUCGACCAUCAGUCUUUCUCCAUCUCUUCCCAAAGGUCUUGGUUUUGAGAAACCUAGCAGGCCUCUUGUACCACGCUUUUUUUGUUUAUUGUUUGGGGCAUGUUAAAAUGUUAAUUUUGGAAUUUUUUUUCAGUUGUAUCCACCCUAUUUCAGGUUAUUUUUGUUGAUGUCAGAUGUGUAUAUGACACAUGUAUGGUUCUUUUUAACCUUGGUUUUGUUUUGUUUUUUUAGAGGAUGCGUUGAAGAUAAACUCCUUGAUAUAUAUAUAUUUUUUUUUCUUUAGCAAUCUUUUAUCACUGGAAUCAAAGGGAAAAAGUGAUCUCUUUUCGCAUUGGUUGUAUUUGUAUGUCACAAAUAAAAGACACUUUGCUCA